GCACAUUGUACGUUUAUAAUACAACACAUCGAGGUGUAUAAAGAUGACGUUGCAGUGGACUGCAGUGGCUUCGUUCCUCUAUGUUGAAAUCGGCGUGCUUCUCCUGCUCUGCCUGCCGUUCAUCUCCGCCCGAAGAUGGCAGAUGAUUUUCAACCUGAACAUUUGGAACCGCGUCGCUUCAAUCUGGAAAAAAGUCUUUCUGGCGAUUAUCAUCAUCCUCAUUGUUCUCUUUCUGGAUGCUGUGAGGGAGGUGAGGAAGUACUCCAGCACUCCAAUCAGUAAAGAGUCGAAGAUGUACACUAACGUGUUUGAUCACGUGCAUAUGAAGCUGUUUAGAUCUCAGAGGAACCUGUACAUCUCCGGCUUCGCCCUCCUCCUGUGGCUUGUCAUGCAGAGAGUCAUCAUGCUGAUCAAUCAACUCGCAGAGGCUUCAAACACCAACUCUGCUCUUAACCUCCAGAUAGAGGUCUCUAAUCAGGCUGCCAACAAAUACAUGGAGCAAGUUGAGGAGCUCAAGCAGGCUUUGAAGGAUCACGCGGGAGACGAGACGAGAGUGAAGGAGAACAAACGUCUCAGGAGCGAGGUUUCUGAUCUCACACAGGAGCUGAAGACGUCUGCUGAAGCUCUGAACAUUUCCAAAUCAGAAGCAGAAGCCCUUAAAAAGCAAAGCGAAGCUCUGGCCAAAGACUACGAUCUUUUACUUCAAAACCAAAUGAAACUGCAGCGUCUGAGCGAGACUGAAGAUAAAAAAGAUGUCUGAGCCGCUGCCCUGAAGCAGCCCGGGGUCAUUUCCUUCGCCCCAGGGUGACACAAGGCAGGUGGUAAAGCAGCGCAGAUGUUCAGGUGUUUACAGCAAUAAUGCAGUGAAUCUUUAGUCUUUUACAAUUUACAUUUUAUAUUUUAUAAAUAUUUUGUCUUCAGUAACUGAUUUAUAAACAUGCAGAUCCGUCUUUAGCACAUGACAAGAAAUUCUGUAAAUUAUAAAUGUUUGUGUGUUCAGUAGUGAUGAUAUAAAGAGCCGGAGACGGUAAAGUGCCUCUGUAGUCUCAGCUACUCCGUGUGAAGUCUUAUAAAGAAAUGAGUAUGUGAGUUUAUUGAGUGACGAACAGCCUCUCAGCUCACUGCAGGAGACUUUUUGUCAGAAGGAUUAUAUUUACUGAUGUGAUGUUUUAAUUAUCGACACCCACAUUUUCCUGUCACGUUUAUUUUUUUAUUGUAUAAGUAAUAUUUGGAAAUAAAAAAUAUAUAUCUUUUGUACUGAUUUAAUAAUGCAGAUGUUAUAAAAGAAAGAUCUGGAACCAAAUUAGUACUGCUGGCUGCCUAAAACAGGAUUGUACAUUCACUGGCCACUUCAUUAGGUACACUAGUACUAGAUGGACCGCUUUUACAUUCAGCACUGGGUUCAUUCUUUAUGGCGUAGAUUCCAAACAUUCCUUAGAGGUCUUGCUUCAUAUUGACAUGAUGUCAUCACGCAGUCGCUGCAGAUCUGUCUGUGACGUGACUGUCCCGUUCCUCCACGUCACAGAGCCGUUGUACAGGAGUGAGGUCAGGUGAGUGUGGAGGCCGUGUGAGUGCAGUGACCUCACUGUCACACCCAGUGGGAGAUGAUUUUAGCUUUGUGACUCGGCGUGACUUCAACAUUCUGAUGCUCGGUUUGUAGUUGAGCAGAUCGUCUUGACUACGGAUCCACGCACCUAAUGCAGCGAGCUGCUGCCAUGUGAUUGGCUGAUUAGAUAUUUGUGUUAAAGUGCAGGUGACCAGGUGUACCUAAUGAAGUGGCCAGUGAGUGGAUAUGUAAGAUAAAUAUGAAAGGGUUAAGGUAAUUUUAUGUAGCUGAGUUGUGCAGUGUGCACUGAUACAUGCAUUUUCUACCUUUUUCUCUUUUACACUCAUUAAACAGUCAGCACUUCAUAUGCAAAUUCAGAAAAUAUGUUUGUACAAAAAAAAAGUUUCUGGAUGCCAUAUCACCAUUUUGGUACAGGAGUGUGAUCUCUAAGGGUGAGAUUUCUGUUAGUCUGUCAGGGGCAGGGCAGUAGAGUAAUGCUGUUUGCAAUAAUUGUCUUUAUUUACAUAUCAGUUUGAGGUGGUUAUGUUACACCUGUAAUAAACCUGAUCACGUCCAUGUUCAGUCUCACGUCCUGGAAUUGUUUAGUUACAUCAUUCACAGCACAACUGAGUCCCAAUCAUCUCUGUUCACUCAAGACCAGUGAGACUUAAGACAUGUAGGACAUGUGUCCAGGUACUCUGUAACGUUUUGUUGUUAUUUUUAUCCUUUCUGUGGUUUUGCCAGGUUUUCCUUCAGCAGAUAUGUAUGGGGAGCAAUAUGACAUGUUAAAUACAUAAAUAUGUACUUAAAUACAUCAAUAAACGGUAAAUAUAUUAAUUAAAAGUGUUAUUGAAUUUAAUUUGAUGUUA